AUGACGACGUCCAAUGUCUUGUCGCUUCCGUUUCGGAAGUCGACGCAGAUAUCGCUCGCGUCGUCGAUCCGUCAGUACAUCUCCAAGAAGUACGACCAACACCCUGGCAUGUUCCGUCACGACCUCGAUGUCAUCGAUUCCCUCCGCCGCGAUGCUGUAAACGUGCGCGAACCCCACCCCAGCGGCAUCAAGAAGCUUCAAACAUACGCGGGCCAGCUAGUGUGGAUGAGCGGGAAAUUUCCCAUAGAUAUCGGGAUCGACUUCACAUGGUAUCCUGCCCUCGGUUACCACACCGAACAUCCCCUUGUCCAAAACAACCUUAAGUACGAACUCAUGAACGUCCUGUUCAACCUGGCCGCCCUAUAUUCCCAGCUAGCCUUUUCGUCGAAUCGGAGUUCCACCGAAGGUCUGAAAACGGCAGCGAGCUACUUCUCCCAAGCAGCGGGAGUCCUGAGCCAUAUGAAGACCGAAGUUCUCCCCGAGCUGCGCAUGGCCAACCCGCCUGAUGACAUGGACGAGGCCACAUUGGAGUGUCUGACUCAGUUGCUCCUGGCCCAGAGCCAGGAAUGCUUUUGGCAGAAGGCGGUCAUGGACGGAUACAAGGAUGCCUCAAUCGCCAAGUUGGCAGCUCGAGUGUCGGAUCUCUACAAUCUCGCUGGAGAGGCAGCCAUGCGCAGCGAGGCCGUCAGCUCCGCCUGGAUCCACCACAUGAGCGCUAAGCAUCACCACUUCGCCGCCGCUGCCCAAUAUCGCGCUGCUUGCGACUGCUUGGAGAAGAAGAGGUACGGUGAGGAGGUGGCGCGUCUGGCUGAUGCUGUGGCAUGUGUCAACGAAGGACUGAAAGAGUGCAAAGGAGGCUACAUCAACAAGGCUGUCGUCGAUGACCUCCAGGGGCUCAAGAGGCGAGUGGAGGAGGACUUGAAGCGAGCCGAGAAGGACAACGAUGUCAUCUAUCUUCAGAUCGUUCCACCAAAAUCCGAGUUGAAGAUUCUGGAGCGCGCCAACAUGGCUGUCGCCAGAGUUCCGCCCCAGGUUGCUAAGCCGUAUGAGUAUUUUGGCGACCACGCCGAAUUCGGUCCCGCGCUGUUCACCAAGCUAGUCCCUUUCUCCGUUCAUCUCGCAGUCUCCAUUUACGAGGAGCGGCGAGACCGUCUUGUCAGCAACAACAUCGUCGCCGAGUUGGAAACAUUGACAGAUCAGCUUCAUGGCGUUUUGUCAAGUCUGAACCUUCCGGGCUCGCUUCAGGCUCUAGAAAAGCCACUAGGGCUCCCAGGCACACUAGUCCAACGCGCCGACGAGAUUCGUCAGGCCGACGCCAUCAAUAGGCUUCAGCGAGGACUCGCAGACAUCGAGAAGCUUUGCGCUAGUGAUCGGACCAUAUUUGAAGAAGGCAAGGCGCUGCUGGCUGCUGAAGAGGAAGAGGACAAGAAUAUGCGGCGGAAACAUGGAAUACAGCGCUGGACUCGGUCUGAGUCUCGAGCUGAGCCGAGUCCCAAUGGCGGAGCCAGGUUGUGGAACCAAGCAGCUGAAAUCGAGGGUUACUUCGCAUCUAGUACCUCCAGUGAUGCGGUGGUGCGCGAGAAGUUUGCUGCGGUCAAGGACACGCUGGCCGUACUCGCGGGACCUGACAGGUCGAUUAUGGACUACAUCCCCAAUAGCCGGAAAACCGAGGUUCCCGAGCUGCUGAAGCCAGCAAUUGGCCGGCUACGAACGGCCUACAACGACGUCUUACGGCUUGAGUCGAGGAGGAGGAAACGCGUCGAGUCACUCAAAGCCAGAAGUCGCGCCGACGACGUAAAGGGAGAUAUCCUAGCCGAAGCGGCACGACUCGAGAGGACGUACCCCAACACGGCCAUCGUCCCAGCACAUUUUGAGGAGUUCUUCGAUAAGCGGCUGGACAGGCUGUACGAGUCCGAGCUUGAGAUCGUUGACAAGGAACGUGCAGAUCAAGAAAAGGCGGUUGCGGACCUUCAGCGAGUCAACCGGGAGUUUGAGGCGCAAAAAAGGAGCAUAGGGGAACGAGGGAGCCACGACAGGGAGAAGGCACUGCAGCGAUUGGACAACGCCUACUACAAAUACAAGGAGAUAGUGAGCAACGUCGAGGUUGGCAGAAAGUUCUACAACGACCUCAACCGGAUCGUCGAGCAGUUCCGAAACCAGGCGCGCCAGUGGGUCAACGAAAGACGAAAGGAAGCUCGGGCGCUCGAAGACGAGAUCUCCAUGCCUUCUCUCUCCUCCUUAUCGCUUAACCCAGCACCCCCAUCAGCGUCAACGUCUUAUUACGCCCAACCACCGCGACAACAAGAACAACAACAACAACAACAACAAGUUUCUCGACAAAGUGUGCAUGCACCACCGCCGCCGGCCGAGGCGCAGAUCCAGAGCUGGGCGGAUCAUGUGCCGCCGCAACAACCCCGGCCAAUGCCACCUCCCAUCUCCAACAACGCUACUUCCAGUAUGCAAGGCGCCUGGAGACCAGACAUGGGCAUCAGGUUUGCCGGGCAACCUAGUCCUCCUGCCGGGCCUGGAAGUACCAAUAGCAAUAAUGCGCAGGCUGGAACAGGGAGGCAGGGAAGGACAUGGGAGCCUAGUGCCGGGAUUCGCUUUGGCUAG